GAAAGAAGUGGAGACAACUUUUCAUGCAACGACGUACACUACACGUUCGAUUUCUCACAAUAUGUCAAAUUACCCCACCACACCAGAGAAAAAGGCCCGACAUACUUUAUUCAACCCAGAAAAAUCCUGAUCUUUGGAUACAGAGUGGAUGGAGACAAACAGUACAACUUCCUUAUUGAUGAGAAUGAGACAAUAGGACGUGAUGGCCAACUGGUACAUGGACCUGACGCUGUAAUAUCUAUGUUAGACCAUGCAUUUGCCAACUAUAGUCUGGGUGAAAAUGAGUGUAGCUUGCAUGCAGACAACUGCUUUGGUCAAAACAAGAACCGUUACGUCCUCGGUUACCUGUCUUGGAGAAUUAUGACGCAGCGUCACCAGAAAAUCACGUACAUGAUGCAACUUCCUGGACACACACGGUGUUUGAUCGAUGCAGGAUUUGGGAACAUUAAGACACUGUACCGUAGGAAGGAUUGUGACACAUUACAACAUAUAGCUGAAGUCGUUAGCAACAGUUCCCAUAGUAACCAGCCUGUUACCUAUGGCGGAGGUAGUGGAUGGGUUUGGAGGGCAUGGAAAACUUUCAUUGGUGAUAGAUUUAAGAAGUGCCAAAUGUCGCAAAAUAUCACUUCUUCCGUUUUAGUUCUGAGGAGCCAGGGGUUGUGUACAUGAGGCAGUCAGCUGUUGAUGAAAACGAGGUGCGCUUCGUUAUUUGCAAAACGCACCUGUUGGAGAUGGCCAGAGAUGACGUCCCGUCUCAGAUAGUUCCUCCCGGUCUUUCUGCUGAACGUGUGCGUUACCUGUACCGGCACGUGCGUCCUCUAGUCAGACGACCAUUUCAGGAUGUUUUAUGCCCUGCUCCAGAAGAGUCGUAAAGUGUUCGGACUGUUUUAGUUUAGUUUUAUAAAUGACAGUUAUAAAUGACAAUUAAGUAAACAUGUGUUAUUUUAUGUCGCUAUGAAUGAUGCAUUUAGAUCAUCAAAUUAAAUAAAGACAAAAGGUUUACAUAGUUUUAGUUUGACAAAAUGGUGUUGAAUGGACUUAAUUGAACAAAGAUAAACAUAACGUCGUAAGAACGUAAUCUAGACGUUUAACGUUUUAAACGACGUCAUGUACUUCCACGUAACGUCACUAGGCAUUCUUACUGCCAAAAUUGUAUUA